ACGGCGGCAGUCGUAGCCUAGAGAGGCCGCUAAGUGACUAGAGAGGGAACUGAGGUUUCCGCUCUGCGGAGAGGCAAGAUGGCCACGGCUGGGGGCAGCACUGAAGCUGACCCGGGAAGUCGGGGUCUUCUUCACCUUCUGUCGUUCUGCGUUCUACUGACAGGUUUGUGCAAGGGAAACUCCGUGGAGAGAAAGAUCUACAUUCCUUUAAAUAAAACGGCUCCCUGUGUUCGUCUGCUUAAUGCCACUCAUCAGAUUGGCUGCCAGUCUUCAAUUAGUGGGGACACAGGGGUUAUCCACGUAGUGGAGAAAGAAGAGGACCUGCAAUGGGUGUUGACAGAUGGCCCCAACCCUCCUUACAUGGUUCUGCUGGAAGGCAAGCUGUUUACCAGGCAUGUAAUGGAGAAGCUGAAGGGAAAAAAUAGUCGGAUUGCUGGUCUUGCAGUGACCUUGGCCAAGCCCAGUCCCACCCCCGGCUUCUCUCCUAGUGUGCAGUGCCCAAAUGAUGGGUUUGGUGUUUACUCCAAUUCCUAUGGGUCAGAGUUUGCCCACUGCAAAGAAAAGCCAUGGAAUCCUCUUGGCAGUGGCUUGGCUUAUGAAGACUUUAGUUUCCCCAUCUUUCUUCUUGAAGAUGAAAAUGAAACCAAGGUCAUCAAGCAGUGCUAUCAAGAUCACAACCUGAGUCAGAACGGCUCAGCACCGGCCUUCCCGCUGUGCGCCAUGCAGCUCUUCUCACACAUGCACGCCGUCAUCAGCACUGCCACCUGCAUGCGGCGCAGCUUCAUCCAGAGCACCUUCAGCAUCAACCCAGAAAUCGUCUGUGACCCCCUCUCUGACUACAAUGUAUGGAGCACGCUCAAGCCUAUAAAUACAUCUGGGACAUUGGAGCCUGAUGAUAGGGUGGUGGUUGCGGCUACCCGGCUGGACAGUCGUUCCUUCUUCUGGAAUGUGGCCCCCGGGGCUGAAAGUGCUGUUGCCUCCUUUGUCACCCAGCUGGCUGCAGCCGAAGCCUUGCAAAAGGCACCUGAUGUGACCACCCUGACCCGCAAUGUCAUGUUUGUCUUCUUCCAAGGAGAAACUUUUGAUUACAUUGGCAGCUCAAGAAUGGUCUACGAUAUGGAGAAGGGGAAGUUUCCUGUGCGGUUAGAGAACAUAGAUGCAUUUGUGGAACUGGGACAGGUGGCCUUAAGAACAUCUCUAGAGCUCUGGAUGCACACGGAUCCCAUGUCUCAGAAAAACGAGUCUGUUCAGAACCAGGUAGAGGACCUUCUGGCCACACUGGAGAGGAGUGGUGCUGAUGUACCUGAUGUUGUCCUCAGAAGAAUUAAUCAGUCCCAUGCCCUCCCACCAUCUUCUCUGCAGCGAUUUCUUCGAGCUCGAAACAUCUCCGGUGUUGUUCUGGCAGACCAUAAUGAUUCCUUCCAUAACCUCUAUUACCAAAGCAUUUACGACACUGCUGAGAACAUUAAUGUGAGCUAUCCUGAGUGGCUGAGCCCUGAAGAGGACCUGAACUUUGUGACAGACACGGCCAAGGCCCUGGCAAAUGUGGCCACAGUGCUGGGACGUGCACUGUAUGCACUUGCAGGAGGAAGCAACUUCAGCGACAUGGUUCAGGCUGAUCCCCAGACGGUCACCCGCCUGCUCUAUGGGUUCCUGAUUCAAGCCAACAACUCUUGGUUCCAGUCUAUCCUUAGACAGGAUCUGAGGUCCUACUUGGGAGACGGGCCUCUUCAGCAUUACAUCGCUGUCUCCAGCCCCACCAACACCACUUAUGUCGUGCAGUAUGUCUUGGCAAAUUUGACUGGCAAGGUGAUCGACCUCACUCGAGAGCAGUGCCAGGAUCCAAGUAAAGUUCCAAAUGAAAACAAGGAUCUGUAUGAGUACUCAUGGGUUCAGGGCCCUCUGAGUUCCAACGAGACGGACCGGCUGCCCCGGUGCGUGCGUUCCACUGCACGACUGGCCAGGGCCUUGUCACCUGCCUUCGAACUGAGUCAGUGGAGCUCCACCGAAUACUCUACAUGGACUGAGAGCCGCUGGAAAGACAUUCGGGCUCGGAUAUUCCUGGUUGCCAGCAAAGAACUUGAGUUUAUCACCCUGAUAGUGGGCUUCGGCAUCCUCGUCUUCUCUCUCGUCAUUACCUACUGCAUCAAUGCCAAAGCCGAUGUCCUUUUCAUUGCUCCCCGAGAGCCAGGAGCUGUGUCUUACUGAAGAGGCCCCCAGCUUUCCCUGCCAGCUCAGCACUUCACUUCCAAGAUCAUUUGUCCCAUUGGGAACAAACCACUAGUUUGUCACUGGAUCUUCUUUGGGCCUGUCUCAGACUGGAGUUAAUAUAAAGGAGUGGAACUGUCCAGAAGAAAUAAGCAAGUCACUCUGCCUCCCCACCUCCCUUCUCCAGUUCCUCCUUUCCCCUCUCUCUGCAAGAUUCUGGGAUUAUAAUAGAAGCUUCCUGCUCCUGUUCAACUCCCAAGGUCCCCACUCCUACCUGCCCGUCCUAAGGACGCCCAGCCCUAUUCUCCCAGCCCUGUUCUCCCCUCUGUGUCCCUUCUCGCCCCCACCCCAUCCCUGUACCCAACCACUUUGCAGACCAGGAAGAAGGAGGCGAAGGGCUGAACAUCAGGGUUCUGCCACGGUGAACCUCUGAAGAGGAGGACAAGGUUCUCUGGGCCGAGCCUGCUGUUCCUUCCCACUGUCUGUUCUCCAGAUCCUCAGUUGGCACAUUAGGGUGGGCGUGCUGCUGGGUGGGUAUCCCACCUCCAGCCCAUGGUGCCCAGGUGUACUUUUUAUUAAGCUGUAAUAUCUAUUUUGUUGGUUUUUUUCCUUUUUUUUUUUUUUGUAAAUAUAUAAAUAGGGAGUUUCAUUAAAAUAGAUUAUCCCACACAGCUUAUACUCUUACCUGUUACUCUUCCCCAACCAUCAAGUUUAGGACAACCUAUGUGCUGUGCUGGUGGGACUGGAUGUCAGUGAAAUUGUUACCUUGGGUGAAGACCCAAGGAGGAUUCCCCCAUCGAGGACUUUGCAAUCCUUUUAAAACAAGGGCUCUUGGCUGAGCUCUGGAGCCUGGGUGCCCCACUUAAAAGAGCAGCCUUAGCCUAGUUUCUUCUUGCUCUGGUAGUGGACAGGUGCUUUAUUCACUCUGUGCCCCUGGCUAGGUACAGAGAUAAAGUGAAGACAGCCCUUUGAGGUUCUCAUAGUUGGGGUGAGGAAAGAGUGUGCGACUCAUCCAGAAUGCUCUCUGGAUAUGUUGCACGUGUGGGUCCCUGUGCAGUAGCAUGUGGUGGGAUUCAGGGCAAUGGGUGAUAGCUGAGUAGGCACGAAUGAGUUCCCCAGGUGUGGAAGCACAGUCAAGCAGAGGCAGGAGUCAUGCUUGGGAAAUGGUGCUGUUCGCGUGCCUGAGCCAUGAAAAUCGGCAGGAGUUGAGGCUGGGGCAGACCUAAGGAUCUUGGGUGACCUGCGAAGGAGUUUGGACCUUCUGUGGGCAGUCGGCUUUUUGGGGACCAAAACCAGAGUGGUUUAGAACUAUUUCAGAAGGAACCACAGCUCUGGAAAGGCUGUAAUUUUGUGGGUCUUCAUGGAGGCAGAAUUCUGGAUUAUUGCAGAACUGCUAAGUGAUCGUGGGCAGCGGCUGAGUCAGCUGAAGGGGGAAGAGAAGUGGCAGGGUGGGAGCAGAGGCCCAGCCUUUGCCGGCCAGGAAGCCGCUGUGACACAUGCCUGAAGGCCAGCGGCAAGGGAAAGCUGGCUGAGAGCGCGCAUCCCCCCCACUCCUUAGUUCUCUGGUUGGGCUGUUUGCCUUUGCGAAUCCUGCUGAGAGGAGAUCAUUUUUCUUCAGGUUUCUCUCCAAGUUCCCUCAAGGGGGCACGUUUGGGGUCCUGAGAUAGGAAAAACACCCUGCUGCUUCCCCGCCCCAGCCCCCCAGUUGGAGCUGGAGAAGCUGUGUGCUAUGCUGGCGGGAGCUGAACACAGCUGCCACUGUGUCUGGGCCGGCUCCAUGCCUCCCUCGGCCAACAGGUCUCCCAGCGGGCAGAGCAGUAAACUCCCUCAUCCUGCUGGCAGCUUUGGGAAGUGAGGACAUGGCUGGGUACCAGGGAGGGGGCUGAACGGCGAAUCACAGGCGUGGGCAGAAUCAAGAGAUCAGGGUGGGUAAGAAGGGUACAAGAUGCAGAGCCCUCAAUAUCUUGGCCACCUCUACCUAAGGGAGAAUCCUAAACACAAACUUGUCUUCUGCCUUCCAUGCUCCUUAACCCCACCCACAAAUGGGCCCUUCCUUGCCCUGGCUCUGGGAGAGGCCAGGCGGGCACCCUGGGAGGCGUGCAGCCACCCAGAUGACCACCGGAACUGGCACACACCCUCCCUCUCAGUGACCAUCAUGCUGGUGCCUCACCACUUGGCCCUUGUGCCCUAAAGACCGUAAGUGUCUGGCUGGCAGUGUAUUAACGGCCAUAUCCUUUUUGACCCGUUUCCCUCCCCUGCAUCUAGGCCUUGUUCAUCCUGCCUUCUGAACAGAAUCAUCUUCCAGCCCUUUCCCCUCCCUGAGGGCUCCCCUUCUGCCCACUGCUAGUCCACUAUGCCCCUUCUCUUCCUCGCAAUCCCUACCCUGGUCUCCAGGUCUCUGUGGUAUCUACCUGUUGACAUCUCGCCUGUUCCCUCAAGGUUGCCCCUGAAGGUUUCUAGCAGCUGAUUUCUUUUUCCUGGCUUCUGGGUAAAGGGGUUACUGCUUCCUGUUUCUCAUCUCUGGGUCACUGCUCCUAAAGGCACAUCCUGGGAGUUUUUUUUUUUUUUUCUUCCUUUAAUCUAGAUUCUGAUGCUGUAUAUUGAGAUCCUUACUCAGUACAGGACUUUUGUUUCUUCAAGGGAACUUACAGUAAGACCUUGGGAAUUACGUGUAUGAUCUAACUCUUUUUUGGUCUAACUCAUUUGAUAGAUGAGGAAACUAGUCCAGAGGAACAGUGUGGCUUUGUCCAGGGCCACACAGCAAAUAAAGAGUUGGGACUAGAACAUGUCAUGUCCACAGCCACCCAAGCAGCUGAAGCUGCCGUAGACAUUUGUUGAGCACAGCUAUGGGCAAGGCGCUCUGUCCCAGCAUCUGAAAGGGCUAAGAAAGGUGGUGCCUUCCCUGCAAGACUUCAAAUCCACAGUCCCGAUGGCAGGAAGGGGCCCAACAAGAUAAAGAACCAGGCGUGGCUGUGUAUGCUCCUUGCAGGAUCAGUGCCCUAAACAGGUUUCUCCUGAGUUCAGAGGAUGGAGGAUUUUCUUUCCGCUGGGCCAGGGAGGAGGAGCCUCGUGAUGUGGGAAGAACUCAGGACCAGAUUUUCUGGUCUGCUGCUAAUGCUGUGUGACUUUGGGAGGGGCAUCCUGUGUUCUCAUCUAUAAAGUACAUUUGGACAAGGGGCUGCUCUCAGGUCCACCCUGG